UAUAAGACCCUUUGCUCGACCCCAGGUAAUCUGAUCUGGGGUGCAGAUUGUGACAGAGUGCGGCCAGGGGCAUUAAGCGGUUGCCCAUCUGCUCCCCGUGGCCGGGUCAUUCCGCUGGGCUGUGGCGGUGCUGGGACAGACACUCACUCUAGACAGGCAGUCGGGAGGGAAGCUCGGCACAGCGGCGGCCGCUGCUCCAGAUUUCUCUUCACUGUGGAACCCCGAUCCAGCAGCCGCUCUCUCUCUCUCCCAGCCUGCACACCGCAGCCCUCACAGCCGCUCUGCGUGUUCGGUCUGCUCCGACUCCGAGACAGGCGUGUUCGGGAGGGACCGUCUGCAAAAGGGCUCUCCGCAGCGAUGGACCCCUCUCACCACUCCGCUCUCCUCGUGGUCAUUCUGGUCACCAUGCUGCUGCUUCUGCUGGGAGUGGCUGUGCUGCUCCUGAACUACUGCAGAGGGAAAUGCCUCAAGAAGAUGGGGAGAUCUGCAACACCGAGGAUGGAGUCCUUCAAAGACCAGGCCACCUCCACCCCCAGCCUGCAGGCCGUCCUGUCCCUGCUGAGCACAGGGAGCCCCGCGGCCCAGCCCAGCAACCGCACGGGCACCCGGCAGGAGGAGGAGUGGACUUCGGUCACGCUGACCAGCAGAAACCAGAGCGUGUACCCUGGGGACCCCGGCACCAGAACCACCGAGAGGCGCUCUCUCCACAGCUGGACCCCCGAGCAGCAGCCGAGCCUCGUGAGCGGGGUGCGCAGGAUCACAGAGUCUCCGAUCGUGGGAGGGGAUCUGACGCUGACUCGCCACCUCGCUGUUCCAGCCCAGCCCCGGACCGACAGGCUCAGCUCCUCCAUGAAGAGCAACUCCAGCCCCGAAACCCUCCCCGCGCCGGCUGAGUCUCCAGUGCUUGGGUCCAGCCACUCGCUCCGGGCUUCCAGCCUCCCCAGGCAGCUGAGCUGGAAGACCUUCUCCCGCGGUAGCCCGCUGAACAGCAAGCCUAGCGCAGAGGAUGUGGAGCAGGGGACAGCGAGGGGGGACCGGUCCAGCCUCCUGGAGCUCCUGGAGGGCACCCUCUCCAGACCCCGGCCCCGCUCCUGCUCUGGGCGGUUGGAGGAGGAGGAGGGAAGCCAGGUCCCAUCAGAGCGGUCCUUGCUGGAGAGAGCCAAGGCUGGCUGCCAGCUGUUCCAGCCCAGGGCCUGGUUCAUCUCCUGGGGGAGGACCCUGCAGGCAGAGUCCGUGCAGCAGGCGAACGCAGGCAGCCUGGAUUCGGGGGUCGAUGUCCUGGAGAACCGGCACAGGAGGGGAGGGAGGCAGGCCGGGGUCGCCGGACCCCCCAGGAGGACCUGUCCGGGCGGGGUCUCCACUGGCGAGGGGAAUCGCAGAGCUCCUCUCUCGGGGUCUGGCCAGGAGCAGGAGCAGGAGCAGGAGGAGGUCGUGAUCUCCCCCAGGGAGGCCGUGGUGACGUUUGGGAUGCCACAGUUUGGGAACAAGAGGAGCCCGUGGCAGAAGUGGGAGGAUCGACCCCUCAUCGCGAUCAACUGAGGAUCGGAGAGGCUGGGGCUGAACGCUCCAGAGAUCUUGGAUUCCUUAUUGAUGUGUUUGUCUGCAAUCCAGGGGUUAAGAUUGUUUGUUUUUUUAAAGUGUUCCUGAUUUCUCUUGCACAGUCACACCAGCGUAUUCCCCAUGAAGGAGAUGGAUUGUAAAUUCUAAAGGUGUUCCCUGUAUCUCUGGACAGCGCGUUUACGAGGAGCAAUGCAACAAACGGCCUGUCAAACUUGACUUGAAUUCCGUCGGGGCAAAUCUCUCUCUGUAUCGUCACGCUGUAUGUAAGAAGUGUUCUGAAAGGGAGAAACCUUUCUGUUUAGAAAUUGUUCUUGUGUUCAAAAUAAUGCACUUAAUAUUUAAAUGUCCAGUCUGCAAUACACUUGUUUUUUUACAUGUACUGUAUGUCCAUUAAGGUUAUAUUUAAACUUUUUAAAACAUUUUUUUACAGGCUUUCCUAUUUUUAAUAAACUUCUUUUCCAAACAA